CGCAGUAAGGAGCAGUCCUUCGCUGACCUCGCUGAGCUGGCAGCUGGGACAGCCGACAAAGUUUUCCUGCUUUCCCCUUUGUUGGAGAUGAUCUAACAUCGAAAGAGCCUCUGCUGGCCAGGGUUUGGCUGAAGUGUGAGAGACACCCUCCCACCACCGCCGUCAGCACUUGAAGCUGCUCUGCAGAUGGGAGGUCACCAACCGGUCGCUUGUUUCGCCCAUAUGCACUAUCUGCCCUCCACCCUCACCUAAGAUGGCUGCCUGUGGCCUUCUCUUGCACCCGAACAGACUGGACCAGAGCUUCGUGUUACCAUGGUGAUCAUUUUCUUGAAAACACUGGAAAAGAAGAAGGGUGUCGAUGAUGUGAGGUCCAAGAACACCGAGAGACGGCUGCGUGAGCUCCACACCAUGAGCAGAGGGACCACCCUCUUCUCCUGUGGAACUGUGGAGGCAGAUAGGUGGAUAGACCUGGGGCAAAGCUGUGCCGUCCAGCAGAGAGCUCCCUGCCAGCCUGGUGCCAGUCUGGAGAGCCUCUGGGAUUUGAUGCCUGAGCCGGGGAGCUGGCAAUGGACCAAGGAGCCAGGCAGCGCCACGGCAAUCAGCAGUCUGAUAAGAGAUCUCAGCCUCGGCGACGGUGGCGGGACCACCCCCGUCUCCCCCACCACGUCCACCACUGCUCACUACACCACUAAAGCUCCCAGCCAAGCUCCGGCGGCACCCCCGAGCAAACGUCAGUGCCGCUCCCUGUCGUUCUCCGAUGAAUUCACUGGGUUCCGCUCAUCUUGGAGGCCCCAAGGCUCCAGAGUGUGGACAACGGUGGAGAAACGAAGGUGCCACAGCGGAGGAAGUGUGCGGGGAGGAGCGGGUUUCUCCAGCGCUCAUCUUCCCACCAUGCAGCGUAGCUCCAGCUUCAGUUUGCCCUCACGCUCCAGCGUACCCUCAGAUGGAGCCCUGGAGCUGCCAUUCUUCAACCAGCGACUGCCUCUCCACCCUCAAUUUACUGCCUCUCCAGUCUCCCCUACCUCUCCUUCCUUACAUCAUCACCACUCCAGCCAUCACCACUUCCUCAGGCCCCUCUCCCUCUCCCACGAGCAGAUCAGCCUGCCAGAGCUGAAGAGGGAAGAGGCUUCCGAGGCCAGCUCUCCAGACUCCACCCCAGAACUGGGGAGGCGAGCUGGCCAGAGGGCCAGGGCCACGGGAUGUCUGUCUCGGAGCAAGUCCCAGCCCUGUGUGCUGAAUGACAAAAAGAUUGGGAUGAAGCGCAGGAGACCAGAAGAUGCCCAGGAGCAGCGGCCCUCCCUGGACCUGGCAAAGAUGACUCAGAAACUUCAGACUUUUCAGAGCUUGAGCUGCCCCGGAUUCUCAGCCAGCGACGGCUGCCAAUCAGGCUUGCCCACUCACACCUCCAGCCAACCAGAUUGGGACUUCACUGCUGUGUCCGAGCUGGAACUGGAGUCCCGGCAGGAAGUGGCAGGAGACGACGAGGAAGAGGAUUCAUCCUUCGAGGAGCUGGAUAGCGACUCAGCUUGUAGCGUGGACUCGAGGUCCGGCUCUCCUGUAGGCAUCGUGGGCAGUAAACACACCCUCUGGAAGGGUGGGACACAGAGGGACAUUUUCCAGCUCGGGGGAAAGCUCGAUCUUGAUCAGAUUGAGAGAAACUGAACAUUUUGUAGGAGAUUUUUUUUUUUUUAAAGGGCGUGUCUGGACUGUUUUGGAAAGUUGUUUGACAUUGAUGAUGUACCAAGAGAUGGUGAUGAGGAAGGGCUGUGAGGAAAAAGAGUGGAGGAGUGGACUUUGAAAGCGAAAGAAAUGGAAAGUGAUCGAUGAUGGACUGAGUAUGUUGUUAACGACUGCCUUUUUAAUGACACAUUUGCCUUGAACAUUAUUACUGUUUGAAUCAAAAAGCAGUGAACUUUUUUUUUUUUUUUUUUUUUUUUUUGGGUAUUCAGCUUAACUCAGGAGUAGGAAAGUGAGGGUUAGUCUUAAGAAAAACUCCCAGCCCCCACUGUCUGUUCAACCUGAUGACCUUUCCAAAGUCAGCUAACCUUAGGUUUGUAGUACUGUAGCAGUAGCUGGGCUCGCCUGUAUUUAGCGCAAGUUUUUUUUUUUUUCAGAGAAUGCAGGGGUGUCAGGGAAGAGGUGAAACAGGGAGGAAGGGAAACAAAGUGAAGAUGUGUCUUCUCACAGACUUACCCUUGACCUCCCUCUUCGUCUUAUGUGCACACAUGAAAAUAUGAUCUUUUUGCUGAAUGUAGGCUCAAUAAGCUUUAUGAGGAGUUCGGAAUAUGACAGUGCCUUCUUUUGGAUGUUUGCUCUAUCGGUUCUCUAGCCUCAAUCGAAGCCACCUUUUCUGACCUUUUACUCGUAGUUUCUUAAUAUGCAAAUUGUCUAUUUGAAUUAAACACUGAAUCUCAAGUUUUCAGUUCUAAUAUCAAUGUAUAUUUUUCUAAGUAACUGUUUUUUAUGAGUUGUUUGUGAAGGAGGAAGAAUACAAGGCCUUUUCUUUAACAGAAUGGACAUGUAAUAAAUGUACAACCUGCACUCAUAUGUCUGGUUUAAUUUCAGCU